UCCAAAUCAUAGCAUCACAACUACCUACUCAGGCCAACAUCUUCAAUUCAAUUCCUCCAUAUACCCUUUAGAGAAAAACCAUCAAGAUGCUUGCCCUCAGGAAUCUUGCUCGAUCGGUUCCGCGCUCAACCGCCCGCCUCUCCACAAAGACUAUCCGUCAACCAUCAUUGCUCAGACAAGCAGCUUUCCAACCUGCCUGGGCACAGUCUGCUCCACGACUUGCAGCCUCCUUCCAUAUCUCGGCUGUCAGGAGACAAACUGGUGGCUCUGUCAACGAAGAGCUUGUUGCAAAGCUACAGAAUGAAAUUGCCAUCGAGGAGGAUAUGAAGGAGGAUGAAGAUCUCUCUGCUAAUAUCAAGGAGUAUCUCGAGACAAGUCCAUUUGAGAUCGAAGACAAGCCCGGUCAACAAGAAGUCAUCUUGACGCGAACCUUCGGCGACGAGAAGAUCCAGAUUGUUUUCUCCACUGCUGACCUCGACAACGGUGUCUCUGAUGAGGAGUUCGGCGAGCAGGAAUACGAUGGAGAGAUUGAUGACAUUGUCGAUGCUCAAUCAGGUGGAGCCAACAGCAAGGGAGCUAUCAACCAAGGAAAGUCGGCAGAUGGAAACAUUCGCGUAGCACCUGAGGACAGCGUUUCUCCAGCCGACCGCGAAGAGCUUGACGAUGAAUACGGUGAGGAUGAGCAGGGCUUCCCCGCAAAGGCCUCCAUCAGGAUCGAGAGGCCAGGCAAGGGUGCUCUUGCGAUUGAUGUUCUCGCACAGGACGGCGACUUCUUGAUUGAGGACCUAUGGCACCUCCCUUCCGCCGAUCUGGCUGCCCCCAAGACUGCUGAGCAGGAAUGGCAGAGGCGAAGCCUAUACGUUGGCCCCCCUUUCUCCAAUCUGGAUGAGGACCUACAGAUCCUUCUUGAGAAGUACCUUGAGGAGCGCGAAAUCAACACUCGCCUCGCACUCUUCAUCCCUGACUACAUUGACCACAAGGAGCAGAAGGAGUACAUCAGGUGGUUGAAGAAUGUCAAGUCGUUCGUUGAGUAAAGGCACGAAUGUCUUCGUUAGCGCGCGCAUUUGUAUGCUCUUGUACGAACGAUAUCUUGCUUCGAUCACAGUCAUCUGGACUGUUGGCGUUUCAUGACAAUGUACUAUAUAUGUGAC